UGAUUUCGUAUUUUAUUUUUCGAACAUUAAGGAUGAAAAUCUAGAUUUCUUAAUAGUUACAAAGAAAGAGAUGCAUGAUGAAUUUAAAAAUCAUAAAAUGGAUGUGGAAAGGAAAAAGGAAAGAUUACGUUUAGUCUCACAAAAAAAAAAAAUUAUUAACAAAAGCUCUUAUAAAAUUUAUAAAAUACUUACUAAUCUUAAUUUUUAUACAUUUAUAACUUGAUACAUAUGGAGAAUUUGCAAGUUGUUGAUAAAUUUUCUUCCGAGAUUUAGGUGCAAUUUUUUUAAGGAAAAAUUAAUUUUACAUAUUAUCACAUUUUUUAAGCGUGGAUCUUUCCAAAAGAAGGAUGGAAAACUGGUAGCAAUUAACAUGACGUCUUAGCAGUUAGAGUACAAAUUCUAUUGGUGGCAUGUUGCCGACUCAACACGCCCAGCGAACUAAUUAAACAUUGACGUCUACAGUCCAGCACGACAACCUUACACGUUAUAACACUAUAGUCCAGCCACGUCACGUUAAAUUGUCUUUGUUCUUUUUUUUUUUUUUUGGUGGAAGUAUUUACUGAGAAUGUUAGCAUUAGGAGAUUCGGUCGACAAAUCGUAACGCAUGUUUAUAGAGCUAUUGGGAAACUAGAAGGUAUGAAACACAAAAAUUGGAGUUUUUUUACAGGAGAAAAAAAGUUUAGGUGAGUUGAUUUAAAGAUUUACUACAGUUAGGGCAUAUUUUUGUAUUAAAAAAUAUUUACAGAUCACUCAUCAAUAAAAUAUUUUUAUUAGCAGCGAAAUUUGAACCCAUAAUUUUAUAAGUUAUAAAUUAAAUUUUUACGAACAAGGUUAAUUAUUGUUGAUAAGAUUGGACUUUAUUCUCAGUGCAUAAGACAGUGGUUGGUACUAUAAAAUGCGCCAAUAAAAGGUAUGAUACGGUCCAUAUCUUCAGAAUUUCACUUAGCCGAACAUCUAUUUUUAUCAUCAAACGCGUGUUUUGCCUGUAUUUUAUUAAAAAUAAGUCUAUCUUUAACGCAUUUGUUACUUUGUCAUUAUAUUUUUACAGAGGCUUGUCAUUCUGAUUCUAUAGUGAUAAACUGAUAACUGAUAACACCAUCACCGCAAUGAGCAUCAUGAAACAUGGCAUAUCCAGGCUUCACGGUAAAACAAAGUAAUUCAAAAUGUCAAAACAUAGAGAGGGGAAGCAUGGGAUAUAGGUGAAGAUGGUCCCGUGAAUGAGGCUCAGAAUGACAAAGAAAACAUGUGAAAUAUGGCUCGUGAAAUCACAAAAUGUUGAGGUGCCCUUUCUUCUUUAUCAUCAUUCUUCUUUUUCCACUACUAUUUCAACUCCUAUCUUAUUUAUAGAAUCCAAGGCUGAUAUUCCCACACCUCAUUCAAUGCACUCGCUCCAUCGCUUGCAAAUACCAUUUCAAGUAUUCUACUUACCACCUCAUCAUUUAUGGCUCCUUAGUAACCCUUAAACUCACACCUACAGCAUAAUUUGAGUUUUACUUCUAACAUCAGAUAAGCAGCUCAUCCAAAUUUUCCUUCCAAGGGAGCUACCGAUUGUCACAGACUAGCCAUAAUUCGUUUCGUUGAGGUAAAAAAAAACAAGAAGAAGAAGAACAUACUUGAGAGGAAAAGGUUAUGAUAUUGUUGACUUUAUCAUUUAAGGUUAUGAUCAGACUAUGUAUAUCCAUUCUUGCAGCCAUCAAACACGUGCCGUUAGCUUGUAGUUUCAUGCAAACGAAGACCUUUUCAGACCAAAAUAAACCCUAUUAUUUAUUAAUUGAAUAUUUGAAACAUUCUGAGUCAAGGCUCACUAACGGUCACAUGAGCUUUGUUACUUCUCUUAACGUGACAACAUUUAUAAUGAACUCCUCUCCCGCUCCCUACAAAUCCGCGCCUUUCUUACUCUUCUUAGUCAGUUCUAAGUAUCUCAAGUAAUAACAGAUACCCCAUAACCUGUCCUCAUUCGGCUUUCCUCAGAAUCAGCGAUGGAUUCUUGCAGAAAGUCUCCCUUGAAGCCAUGGAAGAAAGGGCCAAGCAGAGGGAAAGGUGGCCCUCAGAAUGCCAUGUGCGAGUAUCGAGGCGUUCGUCAGAGAACAUGGGGGAAAUGGGUUGCUGAGAUUAGAGAGCCAAAGAAGAGAACCAGGCUGUGGCUUGGUUCUUUUGCCACAGCUGAAGAAGCUGCCAUAGCUUAUGAUGAAGCUGCAAGGAGACUCUAUGGUCCCGAUGCUUACCUUAAUCUUCCCCACCUUCAACCCACCUCCAGCUCCACCAUCAAAUCUCAAAAGUUCAAAUGGUUUCCUUCCAAGAAUUUCAUUUCAAUGUUCCCUUCUUGUGGAUUGCUUAAUGUUAAUGCUCAACCUAGUGUUCAUGUAAUCCACCAGAGGCUACAACAACUCAAGCAGAAUGGGGUUCUCAGUCAGGCUCCCUCUAGUUCAUGCUGUGAUCCAAAGGCUGAACUCCAGAUUAUAGGAAGCAAACAUAAUGCAGACAACCUUCCAAACGAGAAAGAUGCUAAAACAUCGUCAGAAAUUAUGAUCAGUGAUAUUCAGGACAAACCUCAAAUUGACCUCCAUGAGUUUCUCCAACAGAUGGGAGUACUGAAGGAUGAAAAACAGUCAGGAAGCUCCACCAAGUCUGAAGCUUUAUCAAAUGAUUUCAGCGAUAAUUUUGGGGAGUGCUCUGACAAGAGUGUCAACUGGGAGGAAUUAAUCGAGAUGCACGGAAUUGCAGAUAAUCAUGGAUCAGAGGCAACCCAAUUUCAAGCAUAUGACAGUAGCGACGAGCUUACUUUUACCACUUCCAUUUGGAACUUCUAAGAGAAUCGGCAGUCUUUUUUUUCCCCAAGAAAUAGAACUACUUUUCCUACUGUCUAGUGGAGUUGAAAUAUAGUGAAAUAUCAGUAGCUAGCAUUCAGUAGUCAAGUUAAUC